AUGCUGAAUUUCCUUUCUCUCUCCGAUGUCAAGUUUUUGCGUGGCAGUGAGAUUGGUAGACGAAUACAUUCCCUAACGUUGAUCAGUAGCUUUAUCAAUCACCUUGUUCUUUUAUACAAUCUUCUUCUUGAUACCAGCCGUCAUCCCUCCUCGCUCCCCCCUGAUUCCUCUAUCUCGUCUUCAAGUGGAGAGUAUACAACUUCUCCAUUCCUGUCUGUCGUCACCCCUCAUGUGACCAAAUCCGCAGAUAAUCAGCAGCAAAUCCCUCGUUUAUGAACCCAAGCAACAACAAAACUAGUAUAGAUCCUGCACAUCCACGCUAGGAUGCCGAGAUCCUGUCUAUAUCUUGGGACUUGAAAUCAGUUUUCCCUGCAAUCGCCCUCUCUUCCCCAACACUAGGUCAACAGUCCGUGUGAACCAAGCCCGUGACACAGGAUCCUUUCGCGCUGCAAAUAGACCCUUCCCGCCCCCCUUUCCCAUGACUUGUGGUUUAGUUGUCAUUGAUGAUGUGAGGAGUCCGAUACGAGAAAACGGUGGGAAUAUACCUAAGCUAUGUUGGAGUAAAACAGUGCGAGGGGACAAAUCUGCGCUGUUGUACGUACACCACCACAAACCGGAACACCAGCCAGAUGACACGGGGGUUUUCUUUUAUUUAUUUUUUAUUUGUUUUGAACGCUCUAUCGUUAUGCCUUUCUCUGUGCGUAGGAUCACCCAAACUCC